GUCAGAAGCUGGCCGUAGAGACCGGACUUCUACAGUCCCACCUGGCCCCCCUGGGAAAGCAAUGCACAAAGCCUCCUGUGUCUGGGACUGAGCUACUGAGAAGCCGAGCAGAGUUCUCACGCGUGGGCUGAGGCCCAGUUCCUGGGAGGAGAGAUGCUAGGCCACACAGGAGCUAGUACCCACACAGGCGCGCCACCAGGCUGUGACGACACCCACCUCACCCCCAGCACCUCUGGGGAGGCCGGCUGCACCAUGUCUGUGACCAGUGGGAAAACGGGGCUCUCCCUGACCCAAGAGAUCCUCAGCCACCUGGGCCUUGCCAAAAAGACUGCAGCAUGGGGGACCCUGGGCACCCUCAGGACCUUCUUGAGCUUCAGUGUGGACAAGGACGUGCAGAGGCUGCUGAGGGCCAUCGCAGGCCAGGGCGUGGACCGCGCUGCCAUUGCGGACGUGCUGACCAACCGCAGCAGAGAGCAGAGGCAGCUCAUCUCGCGAGCUUUCCAGGAGCGCACCCAGCAGGACUUGCUGCAGUCCCUGCAGGCGGCACUCUCCGGCAACUUCGAGAGGAUCGUGGUGGCUCUGCUGCGGCCAGCAGCCCAUUUUGAUGCCCAGGAAUUGAGGACAGCCUUGAAGGACUCAGGUUCUGCCGAGGAUGUGGUUGUGGAAAUUCUUGCUACCCGCACCCCACCCCAGCUGCAGGAGUGCCUGGCAGUCUACAAACACGAUUUCCAGGUAGAGGCUGAGGAGGACAUCAAAUCUGAGACCAGUGGCACUUUGCAGAACCUGUUCCUGGCUCUGGCCAAGGGGGGGCGUGAGAGCUGCUCUGAAAUCAUUGACUAUAACCUCACAGAACAGGAUGUCCAGGCACUGAAGCAAGCUGAAGGACCCGGCACAGAGGGCACAUGGGUCCUUAUCCUCACUCAGCGAAAUCCUGAGCACCUUGUCCGAGUAUUUGAUCAGUACCAGCGGUGCACUGGGCGUGAGUUGGAGCACACUGUCCGGAACCGUUUCCAUGGAGAUGCCCAGAUGGCUCUGCUCAGCCUAGCCUCAGUGAUCAGGAACACAGCACUCUACUUUGCCGACAAACUUCAUCAAGCCCUCCAGGGAACUGAGCCCAAUUACAAAGUCCUGAUGCGCAUCCUUAUAUCUAGAAGCGAGACUGACCUGCUAAGCAUCCGAGCUGAGUUCAAAAAGAAAUUUGGGAAGUCCCUCUACUCUUCCCUCCAGGAUGCAGUGAAAGGGGACUGCCGUCCAGCCUUACUAGCGCUGUGCAGGGCUGAAGACCUUUGAGACCACUCCGCCCCUCCGUCCACACACACAGUCAGGGAUCUGAGAUCCCAUGUUUGGCUGAGCCUGCAGGAGACCAGCUGGGCCAGAAAUAGAAUUGCAUGUUCGAGCUUCUUCCUGAGGCUGGAACUCAAAGUUUUCUUUUAAAUCCUUUAAUUUCUCUCAUCUCAAAGUGAUACUUGCUACGGUGGUCAGUGGUACGGGCUGUGAAAGCAUUCACAAGGAGAGGAAGGUGUAAAGAAUCAAGUUUUUAUUCACUCUCCAA